UGUUAAUAAUAUCGUAUCUGUUUAUAAUUACAGAGUAAUCGUGUGGAUAUGCGAACCUUGCUUCGAGGUUUCAUCCCGCUUCUCCGGAUACCUCGUCCUGGCUUGGUCCCUUCCCUGCCGAGAGCUAAGUAUAGAGAUCAGGUUAGGAACCCUCUGGUUCUCUCCGGGUUCCUCUCCUGGCUCGGAAUCUCCCAGCAGUCGGAACCGGAGAAUGAUCUCCUGAUCACUAUUAAACGAGGGAUCUUAGCUGUGCAGGAAGGAGAUCUGAAGAGGGCGGACCAGAUCUUCCAUAUUGCUCUCAAGAUGGCUUUUGAUAUAGGCCAUGAGGAGGGAAUUACUCACAUAUACUGUCUGCUGGCCAACACAGCGCUAGAGCGUGGACUGGUUGGUCAGGCUGAACGUCUCUUCACAGAUAUUCUUAAACGUCUGCUGAGCUCAGGAGAACCUCAGGACAGUAACGCGGUCGUUGAGAUCUCUCUCAAACUGGCGCAGAUCUUCAGUGGACAGAACAAUCUACAGAAGGCUGAGCAGGGGUUUGAAUUUUGUACAAAAACACAACAAUUAAAGGUCGAAAAAGAAGGAUCUGCCUGCAGUGAAGAUACCCUGGCACUGUACGGACUCUGCCUGGAUAAAUCAGCACAGUUCUAUCUAGGACAAGGCAGGUUGGAACAGGCGGAGUCAGGGUUCAGAUCUGCAGUUCUUCUCUCAUCUAGGAUACAUGGAGAGGAACAUGAACAAACCCUCGUCAUUAAUAACUCAUUGGCAUCCGUACUCAGUUUGAAAGGAGAGACGAACCAAGCAGUUACUCUUCUAUCCCGGGUAAUUACAACAGCUGAAUCCACAUCCUGUCAAUAUCUUCCCACUUUUCUUAUUAAUAGAGGAAUAAUUGAGCUAAGAGCUGGUUUGAUUGACAAGGCAGAGCUGGAUUGCACAAGAGCUCGUGAAGCAGCUAAAAGUUUGAAAGAUGAAGAAGCAAGAAGAGAGGCGACAGAAUGUAUAAAUCAGAUAAAAGCUGCGACAGGAUGAAACCGUUAUUUUCAUCCUUUGUAACGUUCUUACACGAGGGAUGGAUCUUAUCUUAUGGAAAUUCAUCCUUCCUUCUUGAUAAAAGAUUUUAAGAAUAUUCACCCUGGUUCAUAGUUCCUUUACUAAACCUUACUUACUGGUUCCUUUACUCAACCAUACUUCCUGGUUCCUGUACUCAUCUAUACUUCCUAAUUUCCUUACUCAACCAUACUUUCUGGUUCCUUUACUCAACCAUAAUUCUUGGUUCCUUUACUCAACCAUACUAAAUGGUUCCUUUACUAAGCCAUACUUCCCAGUCACCCUGCUCAACCAUAUUUCCUGGUUCCUUUACUCCGCCAUACUUCCUGGUUCCCUUACUUAACCAUACCUCCUAGUUCCCUUGCUCGUCAAUACUUCCUGGUUCCCUUACUCAGCCAUUCUUCCUGAUUCCUUUACCUAUACAUACUUCCUAGUUACCUACUCAACCAUACUUCCUAGUUCCUUUACUACUCCGCCAUACGUCCUGGUUCCUUUACCCAUACCUCCUAGUUCCCUUACUCGUCCACACUUCUUGGUUCCCUUACUCAUCCAUUCUUCCUGAUUCCUUUACCUAUCCAUACUUCCUAGUUACCUACUCAACCAUACUUCCUAGUUCCUUUACUACUACUUUGCCAUACGUGCUGGUUCCUUUACUUAACCAUACCUCCUAGUUCCCUUACUCGUCCAUACUUCCUGGUUCCCUUACUCAUCCAUUCUUCCUGAUUCCUUUACCUAUCCAUACUUCCUAGUUACCUACUCAACCAUACUUCAUAGUUCCUUUACUACUCCGCCAUACGUCCUGGUUCCUUUACUUAACCAUACCUCCUAGUUCCCUUACUCGUCCAUACUUCCUGGUUCCCUUACUCAUUCAUGCUUCCUGAUUCUCUUACACAUUCAUACUUCCUGGUUCCUUUACACUAAUCAGUACUUCUUGGUUUCUUUUCUCCUAACAUGUUCAUAGCUACUUCUAAUCUACUCCUCUCCUCACUUAUUAGAAGUUUUCCUGAGUCCUGAUCCUAUUUAACUAGUCGAUAAUAGUAUCUGUGAUAAACACAUUUUUAAUCCAAACCUACAAUCACUAAGACGUGGGGACUGGGGAUUGAUAAGUUCAUUGAUUUAUUCAAGUAUAUCCGACUUUCGGAGGGAAUUUCUUGGAUUUGCAUGUUCUUCAAGGAACGCUUUUUCGUACCUGUGAGAAUUUAAGGGAAAUUACGUUUUAAAUGCUCUGUGGGAUCAAGGGCUUGACAAAUAUUGAUCUUUAAUUCUCUGAAUAUCCUUUCUUACAUUACAAAACAAUUUUAAUUUUCUAUGAAAAUUUAUAUAUUUUUUUCGACUCCCUCCGUACUCGCGAGAAUUAAGACUUCAAGACAAUGAACUGUGCAGUCCUCACAUUGGAGAUUUGAUAAUCAUUAUACAAAAGCCAAUUAAUUUAGACAAAUAAAUAAUAAUAUAUCCAAGUUCGCAAGAAUAA